AUGGUUAUUAUAUUCAAGAUAGUUCAUGCUUUGCAUGUCAUUCUACAUGUCAGACCUGUAAUGGUUAAUCUAGCUAAAAUUGUUUAUCUUGUCAAAACUCAUUCUAUCUUUAUUAAAAUAAAACAUGUUAAAGUACUUGUGAAACCUAAAAUGGCUAUUAUAUUGAACGGAACUAAUGUUUAUCUUGUCAUCCUACUUGUUAGACAUGUAAUGGUUAAUCUAGCUAAAAUUGUUUAACAUGCAAACCCUCCCUUUUUCUUUUUCAAAAUAGGUAAAAAUAAAUAAAUGUGUUUAAAAUUAUUUUUAAUCGAAAUAUUUAUAAAAUCAUACAAAAAUUAGUAAAUGCUUAAUACGUGUUCUACUACUUGUGAUACUCAAAAUGGUUAUUAUAUUCAAGGAAGUAAAUGUUUAAAUACUUGUGAUACCUAAAAUGGCUUUUUUAUUCAAGGAAAUUUAUGUCUGUAAUGCGAUUCUGGUUGCUAGACAUGUAAUGAGUAUUAAAAUUGCUUGUCCUGUAAACCUUCCUUCUACCUUUAUCAAAAUAAUACCUGCUUAAGUUAUUGCGAUACUUAAAAUGGUUAUUACUAAUCUGAAAAUUCAUGUUUAGCAUGUGAUUCAACUUGUUAGAUUUGUGAUGGAGACUCUAAAUCAAAUUGCAUAACUUGUAAGCAGCAGCUAUAUCUUUAUCAAGACAAAACAUGUUUAAGUCAUUGUGAGACAUAAAACGGAUACUAUUUACAAGAAAACUAAUGUCUAAGAUGCGAUUCUAGUUGUUAGACUUGCUAUGGAAGUUCUAAUUAAAAUUGUUUGUCAUGUUAGUAGCCUCUCUAUCUUUAAUCUGAUAACACAUGUAGAAUAUGUGAUACAAAAAAUGGAUAUUAUAUUUCUGAAGGAAAAUGUUUAUAGUGUAAUAAUAGCUGUUUGACAUGCAACGGCGGUUCUUCUAAAGAUUGCUUAUCAUGCUAAAGUGGCAAAUUUCUUGAUAUAAUUAAAAUUUAGAAAAAUGAGGCUGGUUCUUGCUUUUCUUGUGAUUAAUCAUGUCUUAAAUGUUAAGGUCCUUCAAAUAAAGAUUGUAUAACUUGCCUAAAAAGUUAUAUUUUAUUACCAACUCUUGGAAAGUGUGCUUUGUGUGAAGAAGGAUAUUUUUUCAAUCAAAGCAGUUGUGAUUAGUGUGAUCAAACAUGUUUGACAUGCACUGGUAAGAAUAAAUAAGAUUGUAUAGAUUGUAGACCAGGUUUGACUUUUAGCAAUAUAUCAAAAACUUGCUAGGAAAGUAGCUAAGUAUAGUAUGAGUAAAAUUAACUUAAAUUAAACCAAGAAAUAGGUUGCUAUGACUAAAAAUAAUAGUAAGUUGUAAGUACUUGCUUAGAUUAAUUUUAAAAUAGUUAAUCAAAUACUAAAAUUCUUGACACAUUAUUUAUCGUAAAUCUAUCUCUUAUUGUAACUUCAUCCAUUUUCACGCCUUUAGGGUCAAGUCUGGGUUGGAUUUUUAUUCAAAAUUAAUAGCUUUUGGGUAAUUACAUAUUUGCUUAUAAGCUUGUACCCCUGUGGAUGAAUCAACUUGAAAUGAAAUCAAGCUACGCUCACCAUUUUUUCACAAUGAUUAGCAAUAUCAAUAUUGUCAAAACUUAUAAUGAAGCAAAACUGUUUGAAUUUAAAUAAUUUAACACUCUCUUUACAAUCAACGAUUUUUGGAAUAGUUUUUUAAAUAAUUGUUUUGUAGCCUUAAUUGUUUUUGGGCUUUGCUUAGGAAAUCUUAUUAUCUUUUUCUGUCUAAAUUUAAGAUAAAUUUAAGACUAAAAUAAUAGUAGAAAAAAAGAUUUUGGUAUGUCAGACUUGAUCGGCAUAUUAGUGUUUUCUAUCUUCUAUUUAAUCAUGUAAUUAUAUUGGAAUACAAUAAUUGGAUGCAAAUACUAAUCUAUACCUUACAAGGAUAUUACUUCAUUUAACAACUUAGUAUAAAAUAUUGAGAUUUCUUAUACUUCUUAAAGAAUAUUUUGGUUGCUAUUUGAAUGGAAAAAAAGCUUAUAUAUCUUAUAGCAAUUGUAUUUCUUGGAGUCAUCUUUACUUAAGAAAGUCAGAUAAAUUCGUACAAUAUUCCAGAAUUAAAUUUAAAUAUGCGAAAUGGUGUGGAACUACUUUAAAAUGAUUAGAAAAACAAAUAGUAUUAAUAAAAAUUAAACAACUACAGGCAAUUUGAAUAUGGUUGAGUAAAUGACUGAUUCUAAUAUAGAAAAACUAUUUGAAAUGCUAAACUAAUCAAAAAAGAAAAAUUAAUUAAACUAGUGA